AUGACCGACCCAAAGGAAGAGAAGCCAGAGAACGACAAGUCAGAAAACGACGACCAGGAUUCCAAUGAAUCGAAAGAGGCUGCCAAAGCAACCGCGGAAAGCACUAAGAAUGCUGGCGAUGAGGAUGAUUCACCAGCAAAGGAAGAUGAGGAUACCUUGAAGACGCCGAUGAAAACGGAAACGAAAAAGGAACCUGAUACUGCGGAAGAGGACGAUAAUGAAAGCAAAUCAACGGCACCGCCAGUCGACGAGUCCUCGGUGGCGACACCAAAGACGAAUGGCUCACCCGCAUCUGCGACUGCCUCUGCCAGCAAACGGACCAUGCCUCCGGGAUCCCGAAGGGGUAGGGCUCCUGCUGUCAAGGGAUUAACAAUUCCAUUUCGUACUGUCAAGAAGGCAAUGAAACUAGAUCCGGAUAUUCCCAUUGUCCAAAAUGAGGCAGCCAUCAUGGUGACACUUGCUGCUGAGCUAUUCCUCAAGCAACUAGCAAAGGACAGUCAUGCGAUUGCCCAAAAUAGAGGUCGCAAUACCAUUCGUUAUGAAGAUGUCGCGGAGGCAAGGUCAAAUGAUUCUGCCUUGGCUUUUUUGGAAAUGCUAUUGCCAUAA